CGCCCGCUUCAGCCGGGUUUUCGGCGGGAGCCUCUACUCCAGAGUGCGCGGUAGCGUGGGCCGUCCGCGGGCCCCAUGUGGUGCCGACAUCACUGACAUGGCGGAAUCCCCGCCGAGCCCUCCUGGCAGUCGCUCCAGCUAGCCGGGACUCACCGCCGCGCCUGGCCCGGCCCGGCCCGCCGCUCCGCACCAGCUCUCCGCCAGGAAGCCCGUUGAGGAAAAUUCUCCAUGAAUGUACGUCACAAUGAUGAUGACCGACCAAAUCCCGCUGGAGCUGCCGCCGUUGCUGAACGGGGAGGUAGCCAUGAUGCCGCACAUCGUCAAUGGCGAUGGAUCGCAGCAGGUCUUUUUGGUUCAAGUUAAUCCAGGUGAAACCUUCACAAUAAGGGCUGAGGAUGGAACCCUGCAGUGCAUCCAAGGACCAGCAGAGGUUCCCAUGAUGUCACCCAAUGGAUCCAUUCCCCCUAUUCAUGUGCCUCCUGGUUAUAUCUCACAGGUGAUAGAAGACAAUACCGGCGUACGGAGGGUGGUGGUUACCCCCCAGUCUCCAGAGUGUUACCCUCCUAGCUAUCCUUCGGCCAUCUCUCCAACCCAUCACUUACCUCCAUACCUGACACACCAUCCCCAUUUCAUCCACAACUCUCAUACAGCUUUUUAUCCUCCUGUCACUGGACCUGGGGACAUACCACCACAGUUUUUCCCACAGCAUCAUCUUCCCCCAACAAUAUAUGGAGAACAAGAAAUCAUACCACUAUAUGGGAUGUCCAGCUAUAUUACCAGGGAAGAUCAGUACAGCAAACCACAGCACAAAAAACUCAAAGACAGGCAGAUUGAUCGCCAAAACCGCCUGAAUAGUCCUCCUUCAUCCAUCUACAAAAGCCAUAUAGGCAGCUGCACAACUGUAUAUAAUGGUUAUGCAAAGAGCCACAAUGGAGCAAGCAGCGGAGGCGGCGGCGGGGGGGCUCCAGCGGUGAAGAAACCGGAGCGCAGAGCAAGAAGCAGCCCAAAGUCAAGUGAACAAGACCCACAUGAAUUUGAUUCAGAAACAAAAAGAGUUCAAGACAUUCUUUCUGGAAUGGAGAAACCACAGGUUACAAAUAUUCAAGCAAGAACAGUUUUACUUUCCUGGUCACCUCCCACUGGCCUUCUAAACGCAGAUAGACACAACAACGGUUUGCCUUACACCUGUACCUAUGAGGUUGCCUUAUCAGAUAAAGGGAGGGAUGGAAAAUACAAGAUAAUUUACAGUGGAGAAGAAUUAGAAUACAGCCUGAAAGACCUUAGGCCAGCAACAGAUUAUCACGUCAGGGUAUAUGCAAUGUACAACUCAGUAAAGGGAUCCUGCUCAGAGCCAGUCAGCUUCACCACUCACAGCUCAGCACCAGAGUGUCCCUUCCCACCCAAACCCUCGCACAGGACCAAAAGCUCCUUAACUUUACAAUGGAAGGCACCCAUUGAUAAUGGUUCAAAAAUCACCAGCUACCUUCUGGAGUGGGAUGAGGGAAAGAGGAACAGUGGUUUCAGAGAAUGUUACUUUGGAAGCCAGAAGCAUUGCAAGCUGACUAAGCUUUGUCCAGCUUUGGGCUACACCUUCCGGUUAGCGGCUCAGAAUGACAUUGGUACUAGUGGGUACAGCCAGGAGGUGGUAUGCUACACUGCAGGUAAUAUUCCUCAGACCCCUUCUGCACCAAGGCUUGUUCGAGCUGGCGUUACGUGGAUUGCAUUGCAGUGGAAUAAAGUAGAAGGAUGCACUCCAGAGGAAGUGAUUUCCUACACCCUGGAAAUUCAGGAAGAGGAUAAUGAUAGUGUGUUUCACCCAAAGUACACUGGAGAGGAGCAAGCCUGCACUGUGAAGAAUCUCAGAAGAAGCACACAGUAUAAAUUCAGGCUGUUUGCUUCUAAUGUGGAAGGAAAGAGUUCUCCCAGUGAAGUGCUGGUCUGUACAACAAGCCCAGACAGGCCAGGACCUCCAACCAGACCUGUUAUUAAGGGGCCAAUAACAUCUCAUGGCUUCAGUGUGAAGUGGGAACCACCACAGGAUAAUGGUGGUUCAGAAAUCCUGAAGUAUCUGUUAGAGAUUUCUCAAGGAAGUCCAGAAGCAAAUCAGUGGGAAGUGGCAUAUAGUGGAUCAGCUACAGAAUAUACCUGUACUCACUUGAAACCAGGCACUUUGUAUAAACUCCGGGCUUGCUGUAUCAGCACUGGUGGACACAGUCAGUGUUCUGAAAGUUUACCUGUCCGUACGCUAAGUGUUGCACCAGGGCCCUGCCGGCCACCACGAGUUCUGGGGAAGCCAAAGCACAAAGAAGUCCAGCUACAGUGGGAUGUUCCCCCAUCAGAAAGUGGCUGUCCUGUCUCAGAGUACAGUGUGGAAAUGACAGAACCUGAAGAAGUUGUCUCUGAAGUGUAUCAUGGGCCUGACCUGGAGUGCACUGUCAGCAACCUUCUUCCUGGAGCAACGUAUCGGUUCAGAGUGAGAGCUCUGAACGAUGGCGGGUAUGGGCCAUUUUCAGACGUUACAGAAGUCACCACGGCAGCAGGACCACCUGGCCAGUGCAGAGCACCUUCCCUCUCCUUUCUGUCUGACGCACAUGUACUGGUGAGCUGGGAGAGUCCUGAAUGUUCUGGUGCUGACAUCUCCGAAUACAGAUUAGAGUGGGGAGAAGAUGAGGAAUCUCUCCAGCUUGCAUAUAGUGGCGCAGAUACCUGUUAUGAAAUCAGUGAACUGGCAGCAGCAGCACAUUACUGCUGUAGGCUACAGGCGAUUAACCAGGCAGGAGCCGGACCCUACAGCGACCUGGUGACCUGCAGGAUCCCCGCCGCGGUGCCUGAUGCGGUCUCCACCCUCUCAGUGCUGGAGGAUGAGCACGUGGAUGCCUGCCAGCUCUCAGCCUCUGUGUGCCUUGUCCUGAGCUGGGAAGAGCCAUGCAAUAACGGUGCUGAGAUCACAUCGUACAACAUCGACCUGGGGGACGUCAGCAUUCCAGUAGGAAACGUUACUAGUUACGUCAUCAAGGAUUUGCUUCCAGAGACCUCAUACCGGAUCAGGAUCCAGGCUGUCAAUGAAAUUGGAGCUGGACCAUUUAGCCACUUUAUUAAAGCAAAAACCAGGCCACUGCCACCAUUACCUCCUCGGUUAGAGUGUGCUGCAGCAGGUCCUCAGAGCCUGAAGCUGAAAUGGGGAGACAGCAGUUCCAAGCUUCAUGCUACCGAUGACAUGGUCUAUAUCUUGCAGAUAGAAGACAGAAACAAAAGGUUUAUCCCAAUUUAUAGGGGACCGAGUCAUACAUACAAGAUACAGAGGCUGACAGAAUCCACUUGUUACUCCUUCAGAAUACAGGCAGUCAAUGAUGCUGGGGAGGGACCUUUCUCAGAAAUCUGUACCUUCUGCACAACUAAGUCAGUGCCACCUGCCAUCAAAGCCCCUCGAGUGACACAGCUGAGAGGAAACGCCUGUGAAAUUACCUGGGAAAUGGUCCCACCCAUGAAGGGAGAUCCUGUUGGUUAUGUUCUGCAGGUACUGGUUGGAAGAGAAUCUGAAUACAAGCAGGUGUACAAGGGAGAAGAGACCACAUUCCACAUCUCAGGCCUUCAAGUCAACACAGAUUAUCGGUUUCGCGUCUGCGUUUGCCGCCGGUGCUUGGAUACCUCACAGGAACUUUGUGGACCUUUCAGCCCCUCCGUUGCCUUUAUGCCUCAGCGAAACGAGAUCGUGCUCACAGGAGAAGUGGGCAGCAUAGAUGAUCCGAAGAUCAAGAGCAUGAUUGCUACUGAUGAACAGUUUGCAGCCCUCAUCGUUCUCGGCUUUGCAACUCUGUCAAUUGUAUUUGCCUGUAUAUUACAGUACUUCUUUAUGAAGUAGAGAUUCAGUGGAAGUUUGAGAGACAACAAAAAUUUAACUAAUGCUACGCAUUAUAAUCCACACAUUUAUUCAGAU